AUGUUUAAGUUCAAUAAGGUCCUUGAUGCUGCGUUGGUGGCAUUGAUGUCUUAUCAUCUUGUCAUUUCACCAUAUACUAAAGUUGAAGAAUCUUUUAAUAUUCAAGCAAUUCAUGAUAUUUUAAAUUAUGGGGUAUUUCCUUCAGAUGUAAUUGAAAAUUAUGAUCAUAAGCAAUUUCCAGGAGUUGUUCCAAGAACAUUUAUUGGGAGUUUGAUAAUCAGUGCUAUAGCUCAACCCAUUAUAUUUGUUGGCUCUUUUUUUGGUUACGAUUUGUUAGCAAAUCAAGAUCAAUUGCAAAUUGUUGUACGUGCAAUACUAGGAUUAAUAAAUGUAUUGAUGUUAAUUCGUCUUAGAGAUAGCUUAAAUAAGAUUACAUUCAGAGAUAGGUCUAGUAAAACUAAAGGUCUAAUAGGAUUCUGGUACUCAGUUUUAUUAUUAUCACAAUUUCAUAUCAACUAUUAUUCAUCACGAACAUUACCAAAUUUUAUUGCUUUGCCAUUUGUCAACUAUGCUUUAAGUUUACUAUUAGUUGGUAACAUUGCUGGUUUUACUUGGCUAGCUGUGGUUGGAGUUAUAUUUAGAUCUGAGGUUGGAUUAUUCGGAGUAAUAAUAGCUAUUGUUUCUUCAUUAGGAUUUGGGGAAUCAAAUAUUUUUACAGAUUUAUUAUUUUUAUUUGUUGGUACUGUUUUUGGUAGUAUUGCCUCAGUUCUUAUUGAUUCAUAUUUUUGGGGUAAAAUUUUAAUACCUGAAGUUGAUUCAUUCAUAUUUAAUAUUAUUAAUGGUAAAUCACAAGAUUGGGGUGUUGAACCAUGGGGAGCAUAUUUUAAGAAAUAUUUACCACAAAUUUUUAGACCUCCAAUCAUACUUGCAUUAACAGGUCCUGGUCUUAUUAAUGAUCCUGCUGAUGAUGGUGUAAUUAAUUUAAAAAUCAGACAUCCAGCUAGAAAUUCAUUACGUAUUUUAUUCAUUUCAUCAAUUAUAUUUAUUGCUGUCAUGUCUUUUCAACCUCAUAAAGAAUGGCGAUUUAUUAUAUAUACUAUUCCAAUUUUCACAUUACAAGCAGCUAACGGAAUGGCAAACAUCACAAUGAAAUGGAGUUCAAGUUUUUCAAAUAAAUUUUUAACAAUUAUAAUAUCAAUUAUGAUUCUCCUUAGCUCAAUCUUAUCAUUACAAAUGGGUUAUGUGUCAAGCUUCAAUUACCCAGGAGGUCACGCAUUAGCUUUCACGAAUAAUUAUAUUAAAGAUGCGACUAAUGAAGUAAAAAUCCACAUGGAUGUUCCAGCUUGUAUGAGUGGUGUUACAAAAUUUGGUGAAUUACAUAAACUAGAUGUUUCAUAUGAUAAAACUGAGAACGAUGAAAAUUUAGAUUUGAAUCAAUUUGAUUUUGUUAUUACGACAGAUGAAUUAGAAGACUGGAAAUUACUAAAAACUAUAAAAAUAUUUCAGAAAGUAACUCUUGACACUAUCUUUAAAUUAUUAGCUGCUCAAAAAAUUGAUAAAGCUACGUUACCAAUUUUAAUCAAGUUGAUUUUUCAAGACUUUUUAAACGGAUCAAACGAGACAUUCAAAAACUUAAUUAGAUCAACUAUUAUGCUUGAGGACUAUUUACAUAUAUAUGAGAAUAAACUGACCAAACUAGAAAAAUUGGAAAAGGUUAAGGGAUUAAAUAUAAACGAAAACAAAGAAAACUUAGAUAAAAUAAAAACUUCAUUAAUUGUAUAG